AUGGGAACUGAAGAAGAUGAUGCAACGUAUGUGAGAAGAAACAAACUCCUACAAGAAGCUAUCACCAAACAAGUAAUGGAAGACUUGGUAAAGUUGCUGGAUGAGAGAUACGAUCAGAGAGCCCCUGGUAGACAAGACCAAACGACUGAUCAUCAGCAAGCACCUAGGAGGAAUGGACGUGAACGACAAGAGCAUGCUGGUUCACAAGAAACUGAUAACUUUUAUGAAAGAGAUAGGGCACGGCACAGCUCGGCUUCUAGCCAUAGCUCUUCCUCUAGACACAGCAGUAGAAGAUCUAGACGUGACCAUGAAGGGCGUAGGUAUCAAAGAGAUGAGCUUGCUGGAGUUAAGAUCAAGAUACCUCCUUUCCAUGGCAAAGCCGAUCCUGAUGCUUAUCUAGAAUGGGAGAAGAAGAUUGAUCUAGUCUUCAAUUGUCGGCGUUAUUCAGAAGCUAAGAAGAUUCAAAUUGCUGUUACUGAGUUCUAUGAUUAUGCUUUGAGUUGGUGGGAUCAACUAGUCACCAAUAGAAGGCGCAAUGGGGAAUUUCCUGUUGAGACUUGGGCAGAAAUGAAGGCUCUCAUGCGCAAGAGAUUUGUGCCUAGCCAUUACCACCGGGAUCUCCAUCAGAAGCUAAGAAAACUCACGCAAGGCUCACGGACAGUCGAAGAAUACUAUCAGGAGAUGGAGUUGUUGAUGUUAAGAGCUUGCAUAUCUGAGGAUAGAGAAGCUACUAUGGCACGGUUUCUUGGAGGACUCAACCGUGAGAUACAAGACAGUGUGGAGAUGCAACACUACUUGGAGAUGGAGGAGAUGCUACACAAAGCCAUUCUAGUGGAACAACAAGUAAAGAGAAAAGGUCACUCCCGAGGCAACUAUGGAACUAGAUAUCAAGGUGCUAAAGAAGAUAAGCCAAGUCACCAGAAAGAGAGCAAGUCAUAUCAAAAGGAUGAGGAAAAACCUACUAGUUCCCUCAGCAAGGAUAAAGGGAAAGCUGAAGCCUCUACUACAAGAUCAAGAGAUGUUAAGUGUUUUAAGUGCCAAGGAAGAGGACACUACGCUAAUGAAUGCACCAACAAACGUGUGAUGAUCCUUCAUGACAAUGGAGAAUAUGAAUCUACUGAUGAGGAGACAGAGGCCGAAGAAGAUCACAGUUCAGAAGAGGAGUAUGUUGCCAACCCGGUCGCUGGAAGGUUGCUAGUUGCUAGAAGAACCUUGAGUCUUCAAAGCAAGACCGAAGAGAUGGAGCAAAGAGAGAAUCUCUUCUAUACUAGAUGUCUAGUACAAGGAAAGGUCUGUAGUCUUAUUGUGGAUGGAGGCAGUUGUGUCAACGUUGCGAGUGAGACUAUGGUUAAAAAGUUGGGUUUGAGGGUCCAGAAGCAUCCUAAACCAUAUAGGCUCCAAUGGCUCAAUGAAGAGGGCGAGAUGAGAGUCUCUACUCAGGUUGUGGUUCCCUUAUCCAUUGGUAAAUAUGAAGAUGAGAUUCUUUGUGAUGUACUGCCUAUGGAAGCUGGACACAUUCUCCUUGGAAGGCCGUGGCAAUCAGAUAGACGUGUGAUACAUGAUGGGUAUGCCAACAAGCACACCUUUGAGUUUAAAGGGAGAAAGACAGUUCUUGUGCCUAUGACUCCUAAGGAAGUUCAGGUUGAUCAGCUCCAACUACAAAAGAAGAAAGAGAUUGAUCUACCCGCUGAAUCAACAAAGCAACUAAACUUCUAUGCCAAGUCUGGUGAUGUUAAAAGAUCUCUCUGCUCUAACCUUCCUAUUCUUUUGUUUAUCUAUAAGGAAUCACUCUUGACUACUACUGAUAUUGCACCGGAGUAUCCGAGUGAACUUGUGUCUCUUUUGCAGGAAUAUCAAGAUGUUUUUCCAGAAGAUAGUCCCAAAGGACUACCACCAGUGCGAGGGAUUGAACACCAAAUUGACUUUGUGCCUGGUUCUACACUUCCCAACAGGCCAGCAUACAGAACCAAUCCGGUUGAGACCAAAGAACUACAAAGACAAGUAGAGGAACUGAUGGAGAAAGGGCAUAUCCGAGAGAGCAUGAGCCCUUGUGCUGUUCCAGUACUGCUUGUGCCCAAGAAAGAUGGAAGCUGGCGCAUAUGGGGUUAA